AUGGCUUGGAAGAAGCCUGGUCCGUCGAAGAAGGCCGCCCAAUCCCCCAAGAAGAAUGAGAAUCCAAGCUUCCCUGGGCUCAAGCCUGGGGACAAGACUGCACCGGCACAGACGAAGUAUGAAGAGCUCCAGGAGAAUGAAGUGAUGGUGCUGCAAGCCAUCUAUGGCGAGGACUUUGUACAACAUGAAGCUGCCCACAGUGCCUGGAAGAAAUCUGAACCAUCUUUCGAUAUCAGAAUCAAGGCAUCAUCAGAUGAGGAUGUUGCCUUGACUUUAGGGGUAGUGCUCACCGCCACGUACCCUAAAACACCCCCGUUGUUGACAGUGAAACGCCAUGACACCCUGCGGGAGUCAACCAUGUUCAAGGUGCAAAAGUUCCUGGAGACAAAGCCAAAGCUGUUUGCCACUGAAGAACAAGAGAUGGUUGACCGAAUUGUUGAAGGCAUUCGUGAAAUCCUCGAGGAUGCUGCCCAAGCAAAGGCCGCCGGUCUCGAGUUGCCAUCGUUAGAGGAAGAGAGAGCUGCCCACGAGAUGGCUUUGGCGAAACUCGCCCAAGAUCAAAAGGAGCAGGAAGAACGCAAGAAGCAAGAAGAGACUAAAGAGGAAGAGCGCGUGCUUGGAGACAUGCUCCAGGAAGAGCUCAAACGGCAAAAAGCCAAAGCGCGAGAUGCAAGGAAAAAGAAUCGGACGAAUCUGUCACCUGAACGGUUGCCCGAGGACUACAAGGACCCCGAGGUUGAGCAUAUUGUCUUCGAUCAGCCAUGCAAAUUGACCGACAGCACAGGUAAUACGAUGUACUUCACUACUGUCACCGGAAAGUCUCAUUUCCGCAGUGGACCGGUCUCUGACGUUUAUAUCGUCCGUCCUGUACUCUCUCCCCAAUACACUCAAAAGACGGAUAUCUGGGACUUUGGGGUUGUAUUCCUGCAGAUGAUAUUCGGCCUGGAUGUGCUCCACAAGUAUCAUUCUCCUCUGGAUCUUAUGGACACUCUGGACCUUUCGUCUCCAUUGGAAGAACUGGUAUCGAAAUUUUUCAAAGCGGAUCCGAAGAAACGCCCUCGGGCUUUUGAGCUGAGCUCUAGCGAGUUCUUGGCAACAGAUGCACCGGUUCUCGUGGAGGAUAGUUCUGCCAUCAUCUCCGGAUCACUGGUAUUGCCGCAAAACUUUCCAUCGAGGUCGAGACAUGAUUCGACGAAUGUUCGUGGCACAGUAUCUUCGAGAUACCGAGAAGACUUCGUGGAAGAGGGUCGUUUGGGCAAGGGUGGUUUUGGAGAAGUCGUCAAAGCCCGAAAGAAGCUCGAUGGCCAGAUAUAUGCAAUCAAGAAAAUCACUCAAAAGUCUCAAGCUGGCUUGACAGAGAUUUUGAAAGAAGUCCGUCUUUUGUCGCAACUAAGUCACCCAGCUGUGGUGCGAUACUAUAACACCUGGUUGGAAGAGAUUCCAGAUUACUCGGAUACCGAAGGCGAAACAUCCACAGAAGGUGUCAAUACCGAAGGCUCGCAAGGCACACUAUCACAAGGUAUUGACAUUGAAUUCGCUACAAGUAAAGGAGGUCUAGACUUCAUGUCUUCGAGCGGAUAUCCUCAGGUUGAAUUCGGCUUUGAUGACACGGAGGGUGAAUCCGAUGCCGAUGACGGUGAUGAAGGUCUAGACGAUUCCUCAGAUUCAGAGAGCGAGUCAGAAACCGGUGGUAACGGCGAAGUUAAUGGUCAAGUCGCCCUACCGGAACGAAGACGGCUGCGAAGACAAAGCACUCGACCCUUCCGAACUGUGAUGUACAUAUCGAUGGAAUAUUGCGAGAAGAGAACUUUGCGAGAUCUGAUUUCACGAAAUCUAUCUAAGGACACGGAGGAGAUUUGGCGUCUCUUCAGACAAGUACUAGAGGGUUUGGUCCAUAUUCACAGCCUGAACAUCGUACAUCGGGAUCUCAAGCCAGAGAAUAUUUUCAUCAGCGUUGGUCCUGAUGGCGUUAACAAUGUCAAAAUAGGAGACUUCGGACUGGCGACAAGUGGUCAGUUCGCUGGUGAGAAAGGGGUGCCUGCUGCCCCCGAUGCGAGCGAUCUGACUAGGAGCAUCGUCGACUUCGAUCCUGCGGAGAAGACGCAAAUGGACAUAAUCCUCUCCUUGCUCACUCAUAAUCCAAAGGAGCGCCCGUCAAGCGCGGAACUGUUGAAAAGCGGGAAGCUGCCAGUGCAGAUGGAGAGUGAAACCAUCAGGCGAACUCUUGCCGGUCUAGCUGACCCGAACUCGCCCUAUUACCAAAAGAUGCUGUCCACCCUGUUUGCACGACAGCUAGAGCAGACCAAAGACUUUGCUUGGGAUAUUGUAGUGCAGCUUCUUGACCAGAACGGCACCCUGGUUCAGCUUCCUUUUGAUCUCAUGAUGGGCAAUGCCAGGAUGCUUGCGAAGACGUCGAACAUGCCCGUUGCCCCAAAAUCGUAUGCAUUUGGCAGCGUUUUCCGUGACCGGCAUGGUGGAGGACAACCAAACAUGUUUGGAGAAGUCGAUUUCGACAUCGUAAGUACUGAUACACUGGACCUUGCGUUGAAAGAAGCGGAGGUGAUCAAAGUGGUGGAUGAAAUCAUCACGACCUUCCCACAUCUAUCUUCAAACCAGAUGGUCUUCCAGUUAGGACAUUCUGACCUGCUUCAACUGAUUUUCGACUAUUGUGGAGUGGAGCAUGUGGCUAGAAGGCCUGCCGCAGAAGCCUUGAGCAAACUCAAUAUACGAGGGUUGACAUGGCAGAAACUUCGUGGCGAGCUCCGCUCACCUCUUGUGGGUGUAUCGGCAACGAGCGUAGAUGAACUGCAGAGGUUUGAUUUCAGAGACACCCCAAGUAAAGCAUUUUCGAAGUUGAAAACCCUCUUUGAGGGCACCGACAAUUACCAGAAAGCUUCAUCUACCCUUGCGCAUCUCAAGGAAGUCUAUGAGUUCUGUAAACGCCUAGGUGUCAGUAGCAAAAUCUACGUGAACCCCCUCAACAGCAUCAACGCGGCAUUCUUCUCAGGUGGGAUCAUGUUCUCCUGCAUUUACGACAAGAAGGUCAAGGAUGUCUUCGCAGCAGGCGGCAGAUAUGACAGCCUCAUCAAGGAGCAUCGCCCCAAGGUAGGGGGCCAAUUUGAGGAGCGCCGUGCUGUUGGUAUCACGCUUGCAUGGGAGAGACUGGCUCAAGCCCCUAAAUCCGGUGGGAAGGCCUUCUUGAAGAAGGCGGUUGAGGAAGAGGGUCAAGGCAUGUUCAGCAGCAAACGAUGUGAUGUUCUCGUGGGCAGCUUCGAUCCGACUAUUUUGCGUACUACUGGAGUUGAGCUAUUGCAAACUCUCUGGGGAAACGACAUCAGCGCGGAACUCGCCAGGGAUGCCAGAUCACCUGAAGAACUCAUCUCGAAGCAUCGGGACGAGAACCAUUCCUGGAUUGUUAUUGUGAAGAGUGACAUCUUGAAGAUCAAGACCAUGGGACGGAAGGAUGCCUCGGACGUCGACAUUCCUGCCAGAGAGCUUGUGCCUUGGCUCAAAGGAGAGAUGCGAGACCGGGAAUCUCGUACCAUGGUCAGGACCAGGGGGACUAACCAGCUUUCAGAGCAGAGUGCUUCAACCGACAAGAGCCACGAACAGGAGGUCAGGGUACUUGUUGCCCAGACAAAGAGUAAGAAGUUCAACCGCCAGAUGGUGGUGGAGCAGGCCCAGGCCAGCGCCUCGAAGCUUGUACAGUCCUUCCUAAGCGGACCGGUCGCUGCCAUCGAGACGACGGACCAGGUGAUGGACGAGAUCAGAAAAACAUGUCUGUCCAAGCCAGAAAGCUGGCGCAAGGUCGAGCAGAGCGUGACGACGGCAGAGAGGAACUACGUGAGGGAGGUGCACGACAUGCUCGAGUCCUGGAGGACCGAAUUUGAGAGCGGCAGCGGCACGAGACAUGCAUUUGUCUACAACUUCCGUACGGCGAACUGUAUAUACUACGAUCUAGGGGCUUAA